AAAACUCGCUUAACUAACUGAUACUACAAUUAUUCUCUGUUUUUCUUCCAUUCCAUCAUUCUCUGUUUCAUUUUGAUCUUGAAUUCCAAACAUGGCUUCCACACAGCUCAGACAACGUGUCACCGCCACUGACAACGGUGCCAGAGACAUCAAACAGACCAAACGAUCAGUGAUGGCCAAACGCGGCCUCAAAUCACUCGCCAUAGCCGUUUCCUUCCCUCUCACCCUCACCCUCUUCUCCAUUUACAUGACCUCCUCCCAGUCAUCACGUGCUCACGUCGAUAAGCCCUUCUGGUUCCCGCCCUCGUGGGCCCUGCAUCUCACGUGCCUCGCUUCCACCCUCUUGACCGGUGUUUCGGCGUGGAUGGUGUGGGCGGAUGGAGGCUUCCACAGAAACCCUGUUGCCAUCUUGCUUUACUUGGCUCAGCUCCUCUGCACGGUGCUCUGGAACCCUCUAGUGUUUGGUGCAGGGGCAGCGAGACUGGGCUUGGUGGUGUGCUUUGGAUUGCUUGGGAGCAUCAUCGGGUGCAUGCGUGUGUUUGGGAAGGAGAAUCCUGUUGCGCGUGAUCUGAUCAAGCCUUGUUUGGCUUGGAUUGCUUUUAUCUCUAUUGUAAAUCUUAAGCUCCUUUUUCUCUGAAUGAACUCGACACACUAAUAGUAUUAUAGUAGUAGUAUAGGUAUAGCAAUGCUCUGUAAAAUGUCACUCACACCUUGUGUAAAUAAUAUCUUGUACUCUGUUUCCUUUUA